UUUCUUUGCAACGUUACUGCGCAUCACUAUCAGCAUCGCCUUUUCCGUAGUGCAAUAAAAGCUACAGGAUAUCAACAAUAUAAAAUCGUUGACCUCGUCAGUCUGUACUAGUCGAGAUAUUGUGUAACAAUAUUGCCAUCCGUGAAUAGAGAUAAUGUUAAACGUGAACCUAUGUCUGAUCUUUAUUUUGAGAUGCAUUCUAACGCUUCAAAUACUCAAUCAACCUGUCUUUGGUAACCACACAGGACCACUCAAAACAGUAAAAGUAAAUGUGUCUGAAGGGACAUUAGUCGGCAUCGUUGAGGUAAACGUCUAUGGCGAUUCUUACAAUGCCUUUCGUGGAAUACCAUAUGCUAAACCUCCAGUGGGUGAUCUCAAAUUUCGAGAUCCGCAACCACCAGAACCAUGGUCCAGUGAUAGAAACGCUUCGGAUAACGGAAACAUCUGUCUUCAGAUGGACAGAAUAAACUUAGUCGUCAUAGGAAAAGAAGACUGUCUUUAUUUGAACGUGUAUACCAACAAUGUGACGUCUUCAAAGAAAAGUGCUGUAAUGGUGUGGAUACAUGGUGGAGGCUUUCUUAUGGGAGACGGCACUUCGCUUUAUUACGGUCCUGAUUAUAUCAUGCGGAAGGAUGUGGUACUCGUCACCCUGAAUUACAGAUUAGGUGUUCUAGGUUUUCUUAAUUUUGAUGAGGAAAUGGCGACGGGAAAUCAGGGCUUAAAAGAUGUAGUUAUGGCGUUAAAAUGGGUUAAAAAAAAUAUAUUGCAAUUCGGUGGAGAUCCCGAUAACGUCACAAUUUUUGGUCAAGAUGCGGGUGGAGUAAUGGUUCACUAUCUGACUAUUUCACCGUUAGCUGAAGGUUUAUUUCAUAAGGCAAUAUGUCAAAGUGGCGUCAUAACUGUUCCUUGGGCUUUCAGUGAACUUGACGAUGCUAUCCAUAACGGUCUGAUGUUAGCCCAGAAACUUGGUAAUGCGACUUCAAAUCCGGAAGAAGCCCUGAAAUUUCUGAAAGACAUAGACGGAAAAAUAUUGAUAGCAGCAGAGAAUAUUAUGUUUUUGCAGAAUGACUUAGAUAUUUUUCCCGCAUUUACGCCGACCGUGGAUUACGAGUCAUGGAAUUCUUUUUUAUCGGAAAAUCCGUUGAAAUUAUUACGUAAUGGUAUUAAAAUACCAAUCAUAUUUGGAUAUAAUAGCCAAGAAGGCAAUAUUUUCAUAAGUGAUAUUGUCGGUCGUAAGUCGGUCGGGGUAAACAACGAUACUUUAAACAAAUUUAAUUCUGAUUUCAAGAAAGCCAUAUAUCCGAAAAUUCUACGUCAAUUACCGCAACUAGGGAUCACGGUACCGGAAUUACGAUCAUUGUAUUUUGGUAAUAAAACAGUGUCAGAAGAAACUAUAAUGGCUCUUUCUGAUUUUUUGGGGGAUCAACAUAUCUAUAGAGGCAUUCUACAAGCAAUUGAUAUUCAAAUGAAUUCUAAUGUUAACCAGUCGACCUAUUUGUACGAAUUUUCGUACGAAAGUGAAACCUCUCCUGUGAAGAAAUUGUUUUUUAAAAAGCCGCUUUCAGGUACAUCUCACUUCGAGGAACUGGGUUAUUUAUUUUGUCCUCUUAUAGGACAAUUUAUCGAAGUGUUACCAUUUGCACAUAAUACGUCGGAUUAUAAAAUAAUGGAAUACUUAACGCAGAUGUGGACAGAUUUUGCUAAAACGGGAAAUCCAACACCUUCUUCAGCUAAUUUUACUUGGAUUCCAGUGCAAAAUAAAAUUAUGUAUCAUUAUUUAAAUAUUGAAAAUGAACCUCAAAUUAAAUCUUUUAUUAAUGGAUACCAACGAUGGGAUUGGAAGAACAAACUUAAAUUAUUAAACGAACGUAACAAAUCGAAACAAUUUUCUGGGCCACUCAAAACAGUAAAAAUAAAUGUGUCUCAAGGGACAUUAGUCGGCAUCGUCGAGGAAAACGUCUAUGGCGAUUCUUACAAUGCCUUUUGUGGAAUACCAUAUGCUAAACCUCCAGUGGGUGAUCUCAGAUUUCGAGAUCCGCAACCACCAGAACCAUGGUCCAGUGAUAGAAACGCUUCGGAUAACGGAAACAUCUGUCUUCAGAUGGACGGAAUAGACUUAGUCGUCAUAGGAAAAGAAGACUGUCUCUAUUUGAACGUGUAUACCAACAAUGUGACGUCUUCAAAAAAAAGUGCUGUAAUGGUGUGGAUACAUGGUGGAGGCUUUCUUAUGGGAGACGGCACCUCGCUUUAUUACGGUCCUGAUUAUAUCAUGCGGAAGGAUGUGGUACUCGUCACCCUGAAUUACAGAUUAGGUGUUCUAGGUUUUCUCAAUUUUAGAGAAAUGGCGACGGGAAAUCAGGGCUUAAAAGAUGUAGUUAUGGCGUUAAAAUGGGUUAAAAAAAAUAUACUGCAAUUCGGUGGAGAUCCCGAUAACGUCACAAUUUUUGGUCAAGAUGCGGGUGGAGUAAUGGUUCACUAUCUGACUAUUUCACCGUUAGCUGAAGGUUUAUUUCAUAAGGCAAUAUGUCAAAGUGGCGUCAUAACUGUUCCUUGGGCUUUCACUGAACUUGACGAUGCUAUCCAUAACGGUCUGAUGUUAGCCCAGAAACUUGGUAAUGCGACUUCAAAUCCGGAAGAAGCCCUGAAAUUUCUGAAAGACAUAGACGGAAGAAUAUUGAUAGCAGCAGAGAAUGACUUAGAUAUUUUUCCCGCAUUUACGCCGACCGUGGAUUACGACUCAUGGAAUUCUUUUUUAUCGGUAAAUCCGUUGCAAUUAUUACGUAAUGGUAUUAAAAUACCAAUCAUAUUUGGAUAUAAUAGCCAAGAAGGCAAUAUUUUCAUAAGUGAUAUUGUCGGUCGGGUAAACAACGAUACUUUAAACAAAUUUAAUUCUGAUUUUAAGAAAGCCAUAUAUCCGAAAAUUCUACGUCAAUUACCGCAACUAGGGAUCACGGUACCGGAAUUACGAUCAUUGUAUUUUGGUAAUAAAACAGUGUCAGAAGAAACUAUAAUGGCUCUUUCUGAUUUUUUGGGCGAUCAACAUAUCUAUAGAGGCAUUAUACAAGCAAUUGAUAUUCAAAUGAAUUCUAAUGUUAACCAGUCGACCUAUUUGUACGAAUUUUCGUACAAAAGUGAAACCUCUCCUGUGAAGAAAAUGUUUUUUGAAAAGCCGUUUCCAGGUACAUCUCACUUCGAGGAGCUGGGUUAUUUAUUUUGUCCUCUUAUGGGACAAUUUAUCGAUGUGUUACCAAUUGCACAUAAUACGUCGGAUUAUAAAAUAAUGGAAUACUUAACGCAGAUGUGGACAGAUUUUGCUAAAACGGGAAAUCCAACACCUUCUUCAGCUAAUUUUACCUGGAUUCCAGUGAAAAAUAGACUUAUGUAUUAUUAUUUAAAUAUUGAGAAUGAACCUCAAAUGAAAUUUCUUCUUAAUGGAUUUCAACGAUGGGAUUGGAAGAACAAACUUAAAAUAUUAAACAAAUAUAACAAAUUGCAACAAUUUUCUGGGCCACUCAAAACAGUAAAAGUAAAUGUGUCUGAAGGGACAUUAGUCGGCAUCGUCGAGGAAAACGUCUAUGGCGAUUCUUACAAUGCCUUUCGUGGAAUACCUUAUGCUAAACCUCCAGUGGGUAAUCUCAGAUUUCGAGAUCCGCAACCACCAGAACCAUGGUCCAGUGACAAAAACGCUUUGGAUAACGGAAACAUCUGUCUUCAGAUGGACAGAAUAAACUUAGUCGUCAUAGGAAAAGAAGACUGUCUCUAUUUGAACGUGUAUACCAACAAUGUGACGCCUUCAAAGAAAAGUGCUGUAAUGGUGUGGAUACAUGGUGGAGGCUUCCUUAUGGGAGACGGCACCUCGUUUUAUUACGGUCCUAAUUAUAUCAUGCGGAAGGAUGUGGUACUCGUCACCCUGAAUUACAGAUUAGGUGUUCUAGGUUUUCUCAAUUUUAAUGAGGAAAUGGCGACGGGAAAUCAGGGCUUAAAAGAUGUAGUUAUGGCGUUAAAAUGGAUUCGAAGAAAUAUACUGCAAUUCGGUGGAGAUCCCGAUAACGUCACAGUUUUUGGUCAAGAUGCGGGUGGAGUGAUGGUUCACUAUCUGACUAUUUCACCGUUAGCUGAAGGUUUAUUUCAUAAGGCAAUAUGUCAAAGUGGCGCCGCGACUGUUCCUUGGGCUUUCACUGAACGAGACGAUGCUAUCCAUAACGGUCUGAUGUUAUCUCAGAAACUUGGUAAUGUGUGUUUAUAUCCGGAAGAAGCCCUGAAAUUUCUGAAAGACAUAGACGGAAGAAUAUUGAUAGCAGCGGAGAAUGACUUAGAUGUUUUCCCCGCAUUUACGCCGACCGUGGAUUCCGCGUCAUGGAAUUUUUUUUUAUCAGAAAAUCCGUUGCAAUUAUUACGGAAUGGUAUUAAAAUUCCAAUCAUAUUUGGAUAUAAUAGCCAAGAAGGCAAUAUUUUCAUAAGUGAUAUUGUCGGCCGGGUAAACAACGAGACUUUAAACAAAUUUAAUUUUGAUUUCAAGAAAGCCAUAUAUCCGAGAGUUUUACGUCAAUUACCGCAACUAGGGAUCACGGUACCGGAAUUACGAUCAUUGUAUUUUGGUAACAAAGCAGUGUCAGAAAAAACUAUAAUGGCUCUUUCUGAUUUUAUCGGCGAUCAAUAUAUCUAUAGAGGCAUUAUACAAGCAAUUGAUAUUCAAAUGAAUUCUAAUGUUAACCAGUCGACCUACUUGUACGAAUUUUCGUACGAAAGUGAAACCUCUCCUGUGAAGAAAAUGUUUUUUAAAAAGCCGCUUCCAGGUACAUCUCACUUCGAGGAAUUGGGUUAUUUAUUUUGUCCUCUUAUAGGACAAUUUAUCGAUGUGUUACCAAUUGCACAUAAUACGUCGGAUUAUAAAAUAAUGGAAUACUUAACGCAGAUGUGGACAGAUUUUGCUAAAACGGGAAAUCCAACACCUUCUUCAGCUAAUUUUACAUGGAUUCCAGUGAAAAAUGGUACAACGUAUGAUUAUUUAGAUAUUGAUAAUGAACCUCAAAUGAAGAUUCUUAUUAAAGGAAACCAACGAUGGGACUGGGAGAACAGACUUAACUUAUCAAAAGACCAUACCAAAUUGGAACAAUUUUCUGAGCCAUCCGUCAUCGUCGCCGCAUCGUCGAACAGAGUGAAAGUAAAUGUGUCUCAAGGAACAUUAGUCGGUAUAAUCAAGAAAAGCAUCUAUGGUUCUUACAAUGCCUUUCCUGGAAUACCAUAUGCUAAACCUCCAGUGGGUGAUCUCAGGUUUCAAGAUCCGCAACCACCAGAACCAUGGUCCAGCGACAGAAGCACUUUGUUUUACGGAAAUAUUUGUGUUCAGAACACAAACGAGGACAUAGUCAUUGGCAACGAAGACUGUCUCUAUUUGAACGUGUAUACCAACGACAUGAACCCUGUAAAAAAACGCGCUGUAAUGGUGUGGAUACAUGGUGGAGGCUUUUUUGCGGGAGACGGCACCUUGCUCAUUUACGGUCCCGAAUAUAUCAUGAGGAAGGAUGUGGUACUCGUUACCCUGAAUUACAGAUUAGGUGUCCUAGGUUUUCUCAAUUUUUAUAAGGAAAAGGCAACGGGAAAUCAGGGUUUAAAAGAUGUUGUUAUGGCGUUAAAAUGGGUUCAAAGAAAUGUAUUGCAAUUCGGUGGAGAUCCCCAUAACGUCACAAUUUUUGGUCAAGAUGCGGGUGCAGUGAUGGUUCACUAUCUGACUAUUUCACCGUUAGCUAAAGGUUUAUUUCAUAAAGCAAUAUGUCAAAGUGGCGCCGCGACUGUUCCUUGGGCUUUCAAUGAACGAGACGAUGCUAUCAAUAACGGUAUGAUGUUAGCUCAGAAACUUGGUAGUGCGACUUCAGAUCCGGAAGAAGCCCUGAAAUUUCUGAAAAACAUAGACGGAAAAAAAUUGAUAAGGACAGAAGCGGAGAUUGGCUUAGAUGUUUUGCUUGCAUUUACGCCGACUGUGGAUUCCGAGUCACCGAAUCCUCUUUUACCAGAAAAUCCCUUGCAAUUAUUACGUAACGGAAUUACAAUACCAAUCAUAUUUGGAUAUAAUAGUCAGGAAGGCAAUUCAUUCAUAAAUUCAUCUUGUUUCAACCAAAUAAAGAACAAGACUUUUGAAGAAUAUAAUUCUGAUUUCGAGAAAGCCAUAUAUCCGAGAGUUUUACGUCAAUUACCGCAACUAGGGAUCACGGUACCGGAAUUACGAUCAUUGUAUUUUGGUAAUGAAACAGUGUCAGAUGAAACUAUAUUUGGUCUUUCUGAUUUUAUCGGCGAUCAUCAUUUCUAUAGAGGCAUUAUACAAGCAAUUGAUACUCAAAUGAAUUCUAAUGUUAACGAGUCGGCCUACUUGUACGAAUUUUCGUACAAAAGUGAUACCUCUCCUAUGAAGAAAAUAUUCUUUACAACGCCGCCUCCAGGUACACUUCACUACGAGGAACUGGGUUAUUUAUUUUAUCCUUAUGCAUUACAAUCUUACCAUAAGUUACCAUUUGCACAUAAUACGUCGGAUUAUAGAAUAAUGGAAUACUUAACGCAGAUGUGGACAAAUUUUGCUAAAACGGGAAAUCCAACACCUUCUUCAGCUAAUUUUACGUGGAUACCAGUGAAAAAUGGUACAACGUAUGAUUAUUUAGAUAUUAAUAAUAAACCUCAAAUGAAGAUUCUUAUUAAAGGAAACCAACGAUGGGACUGGGAGAACAGACUUAACUUACCAAAAGGAUAUACCAAAUUGGAACAAUUUUCUGAUACAGAACCAUUCGCUAAUCACACAAAACUCCAAACAAACUUUCAUACAGACCUAUAAUAUCACAUAAUAUAUGAUAUAUGAGAUAAAAUAUGAAGAUAUUUAACUAAAAUUGAAUAGCUCUCAAAAAAAAACUUAUUGAUGCAGAAAAACUGACAAAGUAACAAAAAACUGACAGUGGGAAACAAUGUGAUUUAUCAAUGAUGACCAAAGCUAUACCGUUUUUCCAAUUUGGAAUCCUCCUUUUUUUUAAUGCAUUAUCUGUUUAUUGGAU